UUCGGCAGCUGGAGCAGCCGGAAGCCAGCAUGGCGGCCCCCGGGGCCGCAGCUACAGACUUAGAGGUGGUCCGAGGCAAGCGCGCCGCCCUCUUCUUCGCUGCGGUGGCCAUCGUGCUGGGGCUGCCGCUCUGGUGGAAGACCACGGAGACCUACCGGGCCCCGUUGCCUUACUCCCAGAUCAGUGGGCUAAAUGCUCUGCAGCUGCGGCUCAUGGUGCCCGUCACUGUCGUAUUUACCCGGGACUCAGUGCCAUUGGACGACCAGGAGAAGCUGCCCUUCACCGUUGUGCAUGAGAGAGAGAUCCCUCUGAAAUACAAAAUGAAAAUCAAAUGCCGUUUCCAGAAGGCCUAUCGGAGAGCUCUGGACCAUGAAGAGGAGGCCCUGUCAUUGGGCAGUGUGCAAGAGGCAGAACCCAUGUUAGCUGAGCCACAGGAGCAAGCAGAGGGCUCCCUGACUGUGUACGUGAUCUCUGAACACUCUCCACUUCUCCCCCAGGACAUGAUGAGCUACAUUGGGCCCAAGAGGACAGCAGUUGUGCGGGGGAUAAUGCACCGGGAGGCCUUUAACAUCAUUGGCCGCCGCAUAAUCCAAGUAGCCCAGGCCAUGUCUUUGACUGAGGAUGUGCUCGCUGCGGCCCUGGCUGACCACCUUCCAGAGGACAAGUGGAGCUCUGAUAAGAGGCGGCCUCUCAAGUCCAGCUUGGGCUAUGAGAUCACCUUCAGUUUACUCAACCCAGACCCCAAGUCCCAUGACGUCCACUGGGACAUCGAGGGGGCUGUCCGGCGCUAUGUGCAGCCCUUCCUGAAUGCCCUCAGUGCUGUGGGCAACUUCUCUGUGGACUCUCAGAUCCUUUACUAUGCAGUGUUGGGGGUGAACCCUCGCUUUGACCCAGCUUCCUCCAGCUACUACUUGGCUGCGCACAGCCUCCCCCACGUCAUCAACCCAGUGGAGUCCCGGCUGGGAUCCAGCGCUGCCUCUCUUUACCCUGUGCUCAACUUCCUACUCUAUGUACCUGAGCUUGCCCACUCCCCCCUGUACAUUCAGGACAAGGACGGGGCUCCAGUGGCCACCAACGCCUUCCACAGUCCCCGCUGGGGUGGCAUUAUGGUAUACAAUGUGGACCCCAACGCCUACAGUGCCUCGGAACUGCCGGUGAGAGUGGAGGUGGACAUGGUGCGAGUGAUGGAGGUGUUCCUGGCUCAGCUGCGGCUGCUCUUUGGGAUUGCUCAGCCCCAGGUGCCUCCAAAAUGCCUGUUUUCAGGGCCUAAGAGUGAAGGGCUAAUGACCUGGGAGCUAGACCGGCUGCUCUGGGCUCGGUCAGUGGAGAACUUGGCCACAGCCACCACCACUCUCACUUCCCUGGCCCAGCUUCUGGGCAAGAUCAACAACAUUGUCAUCAAGGACGAUGUGGCAUCUGAGGUGUAUAGGGCUGUAGCUGCAGUCCAGAAGGCAGCAGAGGAGCUGGCCUCUGGGCACUUGGCCUCUGCCUUCGUUGCCACCCAGGAAGCUGUGACGUCCUCGGAGCGUGCCUUUUUUGACCCCUCGCUCCUCCACCUCCUCUAUUUCCCUGAUGACCAGAAGUUUGCUAUCUACAUCCCGCUCUUCCUGCCUAUGGCUGUGCCUAUCCUCCUAUCCCUGGUCAAGAUCUUCCUGGAGACCCGCAAGUCCUGGAAAAAGCCUGAGAAGACAGACUGAGCAGGGCAGCAUCUCAGUAGAAAGGCUUCCUUUCUGGCCAGGGUGGGAGGUGUUAGAUUUAGAGGCAAAUAAACAGGGCCUGUCACGAAUGAUUUGUUUGUCUCCAGCCCCUGUUGCCUUUCCAGCAACUAGAGUACAACACUCCAAGAUGGGUUCAUCUUUCCUUCCCUUCCCAUUCCUGUGGCUCAGGUCCUCCCCUACUCCAUGCACACACCCCCAGUCCUCAAAAAGUGCAUCAUCUGGGUCUCCUUAUCUGGCUUGAAGUUGAAGGCCCUUGCCUGUCUCCCUCUGGGGCAGGGGCAGCUUGUUGUGCUUCUGCUCUGUUCCUCACAGUUCUCUUGUACUGGGAGAGAGCCUUAGGGGAAAGCCCUGGGUUGGAUUCCAGCCCCCUGCCCUCACGCUUCUCGAGGGAGAAGCCCUAGCACUGCUCUCGUGGAAGGGGCCAGGCACAGGUCACCUCGGGGGUCUUCUCCCUUACCCCCCUCCCUCCUGGCUGUCUAUACUUGCUGGGUACAGCCUGACGGGGAGUCCAGAAGGCAGCAGCUCAGGACCUGGUGCUGUGUGUGUGCAGAAGUUCCCUUCACCCUUUCCUAGAGGCAGUGUGGUGCAAUGGGGAAAGUUCUGGACUUGGGAUCAAGCAUGCCUGAAUUCAAACCCUUGCUUCUGCACUUACCAUCUGAGGAGCUUUGAAUAAGCCAUUUAAUCUCUCUGAGCCUCAGUUUUUCAUCUGUUAAAAUAGCGCUAAUGAUACUUCCCUUACAAGGUGGUUGUGAGGAUUAAAUGUGAUAAGCAUGUGAAGUGUCGGUCAUAUUCUCGGGUCUCAAUAAACAUUGACUGAAUGUGAA